AUGUCGUUUUUUUCAAAUCAAUUUUCAAUUAAAAAGACGAAACCACGAAAAUUUGUUUCGAGAAGUCCAUUGAAAUUACCCGCAGAUGAAAUGUAUCGUGAAUUAGGUCCGAAAUAUGAAGCAAUUGAUGUUAAAAUUGCAGAUAGAAAAAUUAUUUUUGAUAUUGAACAUGGUGAUUGGAAUACAGCUGGUGCAGAAAGUGUUGGUGGAAUAGCAUCGAGUGGUUCGGCAAAAAAACUUGGAAAAGAUAUAACAGUUUUACAAGAAGAAAAUAAUAUGUUGAAACUUAAAAAUGAAGUUUUAUUAAAUCUUGUUGCUGAAUCUGUUGCUGAAUUAUCAUCACCGGAAAAAUAG